AUGACACCUCCACAAGACAUCGCGGGCAGUCUCGCGCAUAGCGUUUCUAACAGCUUAAACCUCAGUACAAGCCCGAGCCUUUCUUUCCACAGCCCGCCUUCGACAUUCCGACAACCGCCUUCCGGAAGCUUCCAGGAUGGCCGCAAUGGUUCUGUGCCGGCGCUUUCACAUGCGUCGCAACUCGCAAAACAGCUGAAGCCGUUCGACACGAAGGAUUUCAAAGUCCUGUUACUGGAGAACGUCAACGACGCUGGUGUAAAUAUCUUGAAGGGACAGGGGUACCAAGUCGAGGCUUUGAAGAGUAGCUUGUCAGAAGACCAGUUGAUUGAGAAGAUUCGUGAUGUGCACGUCAUUGGUAUUCGCUCCAAGACAAAGCUCACGAAGAGGGUGCUAGAAGAGGCAAAGAACCUCAUUGUCAUCGGUUGCUUCUGCAUUGGUACGAACCAGGUCGACCUCCAAACCGCCGCACAGAAGGGUAUCGCCGUCUUCAAUUCGCCAUUCAGCAACUCGCGCUCCGUCGCUGAACUCGUCAUCGCCGAGAUCAUUGCACUCGCCCGCCAACUCGGCGACCGCUCGAACGAACUUCACAACGGCACAUGGAACAAGGUCAGCAAAGGCUGCUGGGAGAUUCGUGGCAAGACGCUGGGCAUAGUCGGCUAUGGACACAUUGGCAGCCAGCUGAGUGUCCUGGCAGAGUCGAUGGGCAUGAGCGUCAUCUACUACGACGUCUUGACCAUGAUGGGUCUGGGAACUGCGCGACAGGUGACUACACUAGACGAGCUCUUGCAACAGGCCGACUUCGUCUCGCUGCAUGUACCAGCAACUGCCGAUACCAAGGACCUCAUCGGCGCCGACGAACUGGCGAAGAUGAAGGAUGGCAGCUACCUGAUCAACAACGCACGUGGCACCGUCAUCGACAUCCCUGCCCUCAUUGAAGCCUCACGCUCGGGCAAGAUUGCUGGCGCUGCUAUCGAUGUGUUCCCCAACGAGCCCGCUGGUAAUGGCGACUACUUUGCGAACGACCUGAACUCGUGGACCAAGGACCUGGUUGGUCUCAAGAACAUCAUCUUGACUCCACACAUUGGUGGCAGCACCGAAGAGGCUCAGAGUGCGAUCGGUGUCGAGGUCAGCACAGCGCUGGUGCGAUACGUCAACGAGGGCACUACGUUGGGUGCGGUCAACUUGCCCGAGGUCAACCUGAGGAGCUUGACACACGACGAGCCAAACAGCUUGCGAGUCAUCUACAUUCACAAGAACGUCCCUGGUGUGCUUCGGCAAGUGAACAACGUCCUUCUCCACCACAACAUUGAGAAGCAGAUGUCUGAUUCAAGAGGCGAGAUCGCCUACCUCAUGGCAGACAUCAGCGAUGUCAAGGAGGAAGAAAUCAGAGACCUCUUCCAGAGUCUCGAGGAGCUGUCCUUUUCAGAGUGUUUCCACAACAUUGGCAGCGUGUUCUUCAACUCACAGUAG